AUGUGGCAUGUUACCACGUGACCACUCGCGUAUUUUGUUCUUCAUCUCGUUAGCAUCCAUAGCAGCGGACUUGUCAGGAACUCUCUUAUCCUACCGUCAUGGUGUCGGGUAUCCAGACUUUACUGGGCGUCAAUCCAUCCGCUGACUCCAUAACCGUGUUUCUGAAAGAUCUCGUUCAACACUCCAACACGAGCUUGACGGUUCCCGUUGUGAAAUCAUAUUCAGAUGCAGUCUACUUCAACUACUAUCCACUAGGGAUCAGCUUUCUCUUUAUCCCUCAAAACGGGUACAAGCCCACUGGAGGGCUGAAGCUCGAGGACCUUCAAGUUGAUUCAUUAGUGCUUGACAGCAUUAACAUCUACAAUGCCCCAAAGCCUAAGACGACCACCACAAAAACAACUACAUCCAAUCGAACAGCAGAGCUCGCCUUUUCUACCUAUUCCAUGUCAAAGUGGAACCUAUCGCUCUCACCUGAGGCUUCGGCGUCCAACGAGUCCUCGAUCGAGAUCUCGCUCACAUCAAACGGUAAAGAUUUCGUCAGCUGCCUUGGAGAACCUGAUCGGAAAGGCGGUGGUGCUGGGCCUUCAUCUGGAUCUAUUGGCAUUUGGUGUGAGUGGCUGAAGCACGGAAUUAUGGUUGAAUUCGGAGGGGAUGAAGCUAGAGGACCACAAGCUUGGGAACGUGGCAAGGAUGCCAUAUGGAGGGUCAUCACAGUAUUUCCUCCAAAGCAGGAAUAGACUAGAAGUUAGUCUCCCAUGGGCAGACCAUAGAAGUUCCUUCUCCGUCACGGCGUGCUCGUCAAAAGGAA